AUGUCGCUUGUUACCCAGGGAAUCAGAGAUCUCGUUAAGAAGGCCAUCUCAGACAACACUGUCAUGAUUUUCAGUAAAUCAUAUUGUCCUUACUGUAUUGGAGCCAAAGAUCUAUUUGACGACAUCAAUGUUGAUUACAAAGCUUUGGAAUUGAACGAUCAUAAAGACGGAGAAGCCAUUCAAAAGGCGUUAGCUGAAUUAACAAAACAAAACACUGUACCCAACAUCUUCAUCAACCAACAACACAUUGGUGGCUCUGAUGCUCUCAAAGCUGCCUAUUCUUCAGGCAAAUUAGAAAAGAUCUUGAAGGAUGCAGGCAUUCAGAAUGCAAAGCUUUAG